AUGACCAGUGGGAGGCACUGCUGGGUGUCAAAGGCGGCGGCCGAUUUGCUGGCCUACUGUGAGGCGCACGCCAAAGAGGACCCGCUGGUGACCCCGGUGCCCUCCUCGGAGAACCCCUUCCGUGAAAAGCGGCUCUUCUGCAUUGUGCUGUGAGCCCUGCGGCCAGUGACUCAGCGCACCCCCUCCCCUCAGGUGCCGCUCCAGAGCGGCACCGCUAGCUUUAGCGUAGGGGAGCGGAGAGUGGGUCAGAGACCGGCCGGGGGGAGACACUGGGGCUGCACACUCCA